AUUUUUAGAAUAGUUGAUAAAUAAAAGUUGAACGGGGAGAAUAUAUUAGUGUACUUCCUUUAUGUUACCCCUUCAACUUUAAAUAAACAAAAAGCAAAGAGGUGUUUACUUUGUUGAAAGUAGAAAGCCAUGAUAUUAGCCAUAAUCUCGUCUGUUUUCCUAAUUGGCACUUUGGUUCUUGCUAGGUUCUUAUACAAAUCAUGGUUUUAUCCAAUUUCCCUACAAUAUUUUCUGAAUUCACAGGGAAUUAAAGGUCCACGUUACAAAUUUCGCGAUGGAAACAACAGAGAAAUCGGAGAGAUGCUAAUGAAAUGCAAUAGUGUUCCCCUGGAUGUAUCAUCACAUGACAUUUUCCCUAGAUUGCAGCCUCAUUUUCACUCAUGGAUCAAGCUAUAUGGAAGUACUUUUCUAUAUUGGAUGAGUACGAAACCACAGUUGGUUGUAGCUGAUGUUGAGUUGAUCAAAGAAAUUUUCUCCAACAAACAAGGUACAUUUGGUAAGGCUAAAUUUGAAGGUAUUCUAAAGAAAUUCGUCGGGGAUGGAAGUGUUUUUCAACAAGGUCACAAAUGGUUAAAACUUCGAAAAGUGGCUGACCAUGUUUUCCAUGCUCAAAGCUUGAAGGAGAUGUUCCCAGCGAUGGUUGAAAAAGUGGAAGCAAUGUUGAAAACAUGGAAAUCGUAUGAAGGUAAAGAGAUAGAAGUGUACGAAGAAUUCAAGCAUUUGAGCUUGGAGAUCAUCUCAAAUUCUGUUUUCGGAAGUGAUCAUACGACUGGAAAACAUAUAUUCGAUAUGUUGGACAAAAUAGCUUAUAUAAGUUUUCUCAGCUAUGGGAAGAUUCGGAAUCCUAUUAUCGAUAAGAUUUUCCGGUCAUCUGAGGAGAUUGAAGCAGACAAAAUCCUUGAUGAACUCUUUGAAUCGUUCAUACGAAUCAUAAAGCAAAGAGAAGAAAAAGUUAAGACAGGACAGUCGGACAACUAUGGAGCUGAUUUUCUUGGAUCACUAUUAGAGGGUCACCUUAAUGCUGAUGAAAAUGCAAGAAUCUCGAUACACGAAAUCAUAGAAGAAUGCAAAACCUUCUAUUUUGCUGGACAUAAAACGGUCACCAGUUUGCUCAGCUGGAGUUUGUAUCUACUGGCGAUCCACACGGAUUGGCAAGAGAAAGCAAGAAACGAAGUUGCUGAAUUUCUAGGUCAAGAAAAUCCAACAACAGAAAACAUUUCGAAGCUAAAGGCUGUGGGGAUGAUAAUAAACGAGACACUUAGGCUUUAUCCUCCAUUUCCUGUUCUUCAAAGAGAGGUGACAAGAAAGACGAGAUUGGGAAAGCUAAAUAUUCCAGCAGGUACUGAAGUGAUUAUCGCGACUUUAGCAGUUCAUCACAACAGUGAAGUAUGGGGAGAAGACGCGCAUCUUUUCAAGCCAGAGAGAUUUGCUGAAGGCGUAUCAAAAGCAACUAGGGACUCGAUGAUGUCCUUCCUAUCAUUUGGCUAUGGUCUUAGAAAAUGUGUUGGCUUUAAUUUUGCCUAUAUGGAAGUGAAAAUAGCGCUCGCUAUGAUCCUGCAGCGUUACAGGCUCACUGUUUCACCAAAUUAUACUCACUCUCCUGUUGCCAUAUUCGUCCUCCGUCCUGGAAAUGGAGUUCAAAUCAUGCUUCAUCCAUUGUAAGAAAAAUAUUAAGUAUCAUCAUCAUGCUUAAUUAAUAAUAAAUUCAAUUCCCAGUGAACUUGUGAUUUGGAAGUCUCAUCAUACUUCGAGCUUUGUACA